CUUUACCACCGUAUACAGCAUCAGAAACUCCUUAGUGAUGCUUAUUUUUCAAAGUCCCUUCAUGCUGGGGAUAUUAGGAUAUAUUUAUGUCGCUUUCAGAGGUGGUGUUUAUGACAGUAUAAUAUACGCAACGUAUGCAUUCAACUUCGUUGCAACUGUUCAAGCUUGCAUAAUAUUCUUUCUCAUACGUGGAAAAAACACUCUGCAAUUUCUAGCUAAUUUGGGAAGUGCAAAAUAUGGAAAACCGAAAAACUUUGAUUAUUACAUAGCGCUGACAGAGCAAGCGACAGCCUGGCUGCAUAAUACAAUUAUAGUGGAAGAGAUACUCAUUGCGAUUACAACAAAUUUAAAAAGCGCUUUCUGCGACGAAAAGGCAAUACUAAACGAUGAAAGGAUUGUUUGUGGACUUAUCGUGCCUUUGUGGUUCCCGUUCAAGAUACCCUAUGCCAAAUUGAUAUUAUCGAUAUAUCUUGCGUUUUUCUUGCCAUAUCUUGCAGCACAGACGUGUGGAAACAUCAUGUAUAUCGGAAGCAUUAUCCCUACUCUACAAAAAAUAAAUCAGCUGAAAGAUUUUUUGAGAAAUAUCAAAUUCGAAGACGAAAAUUCAUCACAUCAAUCGCUUAAAUUUUGUGCGAAGUAUUACGCGGAAAUAAAUGAGUUAGUGGACCAGAUGAAUCACACAGUUGGAUUUAUAAUGUCCCCAGCGCAAAAUGUCCUGGUGAUCGUUAUGGUCGGUAUUCUAGAGUAUCAAGCUGUGAACGAAAAAAACAUAUUAGCUGCCUUGCAGCUUGUCAUUUGGCUCAUGAUUCAAUUUUUAUCGUGUUUUGCUGGACAACUUCUGGAGAAUGCAAGCGCAUCUAUAACGCAAACUGUUUAUGAUAUUGAAUGGUAUGAAAUGCAUCCAUCACUAAGGAAUACUUACAAAAUAUUCCACGCACAAUGUCAGGGAAUAAUGCACUGCAAAAUUCAACCGUUGAUCACAAUGAAUAUGGAAUACUUCUACAAGGUUAUGCAAAGCUCCUAUUCUUUCUUGAUGUUUCUGAGCAAUUUCUAAGGAGGACGAUGACCUUCGAAUUGAAUUUUCAGCAUGUAUCAAAUACAUUUUGAAUACCACGAAUUGUUUAAAUACCUU